GUCCCAUAUUAUGCAAAAUGCACUUUUGCAUGUUUUUCACACAUAACUGUAAGUUACCAGUGUCUGUGGAGACCCCCUGAAGUGUGUGCAAAUGCGUCCUCUCAGUAUUUCUCCUUCCCUGCAUUUCUGUGAAGGAGCCCUCCCACAAGCUGUUUCUAUUUAGGUCCUCUAGUUACGUAUGUAGAGGACCUGGCCCAUCCUACUAGGCCGUCCCACUUUCACUGGUGAAGAUAAGCCCUCCCCUAAGCUACUGCCGUCUGCCACAUUGAGCUACACACCCCCGACAAUGCCGAGUGGGAAAGGACGACAUGCCAGCUGCUCUGUUGCAAGCUGCAAUAACCAAGACAGAAGUCUUUUUGCAGUUCCAACAGAAGAAGAAGUGAGGACCCAGUGGAUAUCUUUUAUUUUUGAUGGAAACCCUCCUGGAACAGUCCCGAAAAUACUACAUGUAUGUGCUAAGCAUUUUACACCGGAGUCUUUCAGUAACCUAUUUCAGUUCCAGUCAGGCUUUGCCACUAAACUGUGGCUGAAUGCUGGAGCAAUACCAACUCUUCGUGAGCCGCCUUCAACAUCAGAGGAGGUGAGCACACCACAAAUGAGUGCAGGAAAAAGACAUGUUUCCUGCCAGACUGAUCCCCCCACCACAUGCACCGUUGGCACUCAGUUGUCUCUGAGGACAUUACAGCCACACUUCAGAAGUGCAGCUGUCCAGGCCUCUGUGUCCUGCAAAGACAGUUGUACAUCCACACUUCCUAGUGCAGCCACCAACCCCCUUUUAACUUCCACACCUAUAAAGAGACCGGCAAAAAGACCUCGUGAGGAAAUGGAGGAGGAAGAGGAGGAUCCAUUUGAGGGCACAUCUUCAAUGGCAGAGUCACGAGGGGAGGAUGUCACCUAUGAUCCUGCAAGCUCUGUCUCAGUGUCACUUUCAACAGACAUGUCUGGUGUAGUAUCAAACGCCCCGCACAAGACCAAGAAGUAUAUCGUGCAUGAGUCCUGCAUUAUGGAGCUGUUUGAGUUGUGCCCUAUUUGCAAGUGUGUGUGUGAGGUUCGGACCAGGACGAUUGGGACAUUCCUAACCGUGGACCAACUGUGUCCACAUUGUCAGUUCACCCGGCAUUGGAAGAGUCAGCCUGUUCUGGGGAGUACUCCAGCUGGGAACAUCGAACUUUCUGCAGCGGUGUACAUCAGUGGAGCAUCUUUCUUCAAACUUGAAAAGAUCUUCAAAGCUAUGCAACUGCAGGUGUUCCAAUAUGACACCUUUUGUCGACAUGCCCGUAUGUUCAUUGAGCCAGCGAUUGUACACCAGUGGACCUCUUCACAGAAUGACAUCCUACAACGUCUCAGCAUGGAGGACAAGGCCAUUGUUAGCGGUGACAUGAGGGCUGACUCUCCAGGGCACUCCGCAAAGUUUGGAAGCUACACCAUGAUGGACCUCAAAACCAACAGAGUUAUUGAUAUUCAGUUGGUUCAGAGCAACGAGGUUGGUGGAAGCUACCACAUGGAAAAAGAGGGGCUGCAGAGGAGCCUGACCUUGUUGAAUGAACGGGGUGUGACUCUGGACUGUAUUGUUACUGACUGUCAUCCACAAAUCCAGAAAUUCCUGAGGGAAAGCAACAUCACCCAAUUCUUUGACGUUUGGCAUAUCGAGAAAGGAAUUUCAAAGCAACUAGACAAGUACGCCAAGAUGAAAGACUGUGAGAGGUUACCGAAGUGGAUGCGUUCAAUCAAAAAUCACAUCUACUGGACUGCAGCAUCAUCCACGACUGGACCUGAGAGGGUGGCAAAAUGGAACUCCAUCCUGAACCAUGUGCAGAAUAUCCACACACAUGAGGACCCCAUUUUCCUAACUGCCAACAUGAACUGCGCAAAACCAGGGACAAAAAGAAAUGGCUGAAAGCAGGAACACCAGAAUUCUUCAAAUUGGAGAAGGUCAUGUCAAACAAGCGAAUCCUGAAAGCUGUGGAAAAAAUCAGUCCCCACCACCAAACAUCAUCUGUGGAGGCUUUCCACAGUGUCAGCCUUCGUUUUGCACCCAAGAACGUGGUUUUUCCUUUUCUUGGAAUGCUGUGCAGACUCUACUUGGCUGUACUCUACUACAAUGAGAAUGCUGACCGUCCACAAGCCAAAACUUCUGCUGGAGAACCAGUCUUCAAGGUGCACUUCCCAAAGGCUAAGAAGGGAGAGUGUGUGGCUAAACCAGUUAAGACUGAGCCAACUUUUCACUAUGUUCAGGACUUGAUGGACCUGAUCUUCGAAAAAGUCUUUGUGGACCCGGCGCCUUACAUGGAGGAGGUAAUGAAGAUUCCCAUCCCAAGAGACUUGCGAGCAGAGUAUGUGCGACCAGACAAGGAGGAGGUCAUCGCAAGCUAUGUCUCUCGCUUCAAUCAAGAGGGGGCAGCUUGAAUCCUACGUAUCUGCCUUCUGGAUCCGGAAAUUCACGGCGUAUACGUAGCACCACACAUGCUGGAACAACCACCCGUACCCUCCGUCCAAGGAAGCCCCAACACCAUCCAACAAAGCUUCGGUAUCCACAUACCUGAAACGCCUGGAAAAAAACAAGUUUUAUAACACAUUAAUUAUUUUACAACAUUUUUUACAUUCAGGUGUCCUUAAAAGCCCCAAGGCAACUUUUAGUAAACAUCUUAUUUUGAACUGUAAUCUCCUGUAAAUAUUGUAUAUAUAUUUUUAUUGUUUUCUAUUUGGGAUUUUUAAAAUAUUUGCAUGGUUUCUAUUUUUAUAUAACUGGUUUGAUUUGAUCACUUUUUUAUACUCAUUUAUGUUGUGAUUGUGAGAAAAAGAACACUGAUGCUGCUUUUUUGUCUUUUGCAAAUAAAAGCACCACUCAACAAAUUUGUUUCAUUUCAAAGAUCAUAUAUGUGAAUGCAAACACAGCUAUAUUGUAUGAACAAGAUGGUUUUGAAUUUUAGCUAUUACUAUACUAUUGUGGUAUGACUGUUAUGCCCACUGAAAUAUGACUUGAUAGCAUGAAGUCACACAAUAAUGCUUAUAUUUUUCAUAUCAUACAAUAAUAAUU